CCUCUCAACAUGCUCCUCUUCGACUACAUCGACAAAGCAGCGGUGCUGGCAGACAGGCUUCAAUUACCCCAUCAGGGGACUGAAGCCUGGUCUGACGAUCGUCAACCCAAGCCAAAGAACAAGGAGGCGCCGAUGAUCAAGGUUGCAGAUUCAUUUGCACGCAUCCUGGAAGACAUACCAGCUGAAGGAACCAAUCAAGACGGUGGGGAAUCUAUCUCCAUCCAGGAGAUGCUGCCAGACCCGACCAGCGACAUCGAAGGCACAGCAUGCGCCGACACCAGCCGCACUGACGGAGCUGUUAAUGACACGGACACGACGUCCGCCGCCGCGAUGCCGAACAACACAGAACGCAGCAGCCCGAUUGACAACACGCUCAUCGGGGCUUUCUUUACCAGGCCGGAGCCAAUCCUCCACAGCGAGGAGCCACCACUGGAGGAGCCGAAUCCGCCGGCGCACAUGGAGUCAGCCAAAUGUCGCCGUCCAUGACGCAUCUUCGA